GCAUUCCUCCCCUCUCCGCAGCGCAUGACCACAAUUUCUGGACAGCCUUCGCGAGAUCUCUGACGCGCUCCGAUUCGAAUCAUGGCCUCCUUUGACGACGACGCAGAUGGCGCUGGUGGGUCUGGCGAUGAGUUCGACAAUGAAGACGAAGAGAUGGAAGAUGUGGACCAGGAUCAGGAUCAAGACCAAGGCCAAGAUGAUGAUGGCGCAGACGAGGAUGACGAAGAUGAUAACGAUGAUGGAGAUGGAGACGGCGAUAACGACGAGGAUGACGAUGAGGAGCACGACCCCGACUCGCCUUCGCGAAGAGCAAGCCAACACGCUUCUGGCCAACGCUUCGACGGGGAUACUCAAGAUGAUGCUGGGCCUGCUCGUUCCCCGCGUCCAUCUGCUGUCAGGUCUCCAAGUAGUGCUGCACCUGCCGUGUUCAUCCCAUCUGUGCGCACCGAGGCGCUGACUGCCCAAGCGUACGAUAUCGUCCCCACCAUGGCCGCUCCGCACAGCACCUCCAUCAAUGCCCUCACCGCCACUCCCGACAUGCACUGGGUCUUCAGCGGAGGCUCGGACGGUUAUGUACGAAUGUACAACUGGGUGGAAACCGCCAACGGCAAGACCCCGCUCACCGUCGCGCAAAAGCACCCUUUCGUGGACAGUGUCAUGAAAGCUGGGAGUUUAUUGACCUACUGGGAGAAUGAAGAGCCCGUCAUUCGAACACCCCCGGCGCAGGGAGACGAGGGAAAGGAGCUCAGUCCUGUGUACUCUCUUGCCGUUCAAAACCAAGCUAUCUGGCUACUCUCUGGACUGGAGAGCGGUGGCAUCAACCUCCAAACCUGUCGACACCAGGCCGGCACAAGAAUCAUGACAUUGAGAGAGCACACCAGUGCUGUGUCUGUCCUGAACUUGGCGAGGGAUGAGACCAGUGUGCUUUCCGGGAGCUGGGACAAGACAGUCCUCGACUGGGACCUGCAAUCCGGCAAGGUCAAGCGCUCCUUCCUCGGCAUUGGCGGUCAGGUCAGUACCAUUCAAAUUCGGCCAACUAGCGAUGUCCAUAUACCAGAAGUCACGGAGACAAUACACGAGUCGCUGGGCACCUUCUCCAGCAACAACGCGGAUAGGCCUUCGGUUAACGGUGGGUUCGGCAAUAGACGAGAGUCCAGGGGCCAAGAUGAAGAUGCCAUGGGCUCCCCGAGCAGCUUGUUUGGUGAAGACCACGGCUCGUUGUUUGGCGAAGACGCGGGUACCGCUGGUGGAGGUAGCAACGCCUUUGGGGACGACGAUGAGAGCCUGGAAAGGACACUCACUGGUGGGACGCAAGAAGGCGAGCAAGACGCACCCGGCGAGCAAGACACGGAAAUGGAUAGUGUGGGCAACGGCGGGCCAGUGCAGCCUCCAGAGCCCGCGGUUGAAGCCUCGGAGCCCGAGGCCAUCGUCACAGACGAUAUCAACACCGACGAGCAGGAGGUGAAUGGGGACAAGCAGGUCGACGGCUCAGACCACGUUAUUGACGGCAUCGCCGACUCGCAACCUGUCACCAAUGGUCUUCCGCAUUCAGAUGAACCACUGACUGCACCGCCGACCGACGACUCGUCCACGAAAGGCGUGUCGGCCGCCGAUCUUCCUCCCCAGUCGGAGUCAACCUUCCUCGACGCGUCUUACAACGGCUCCAUCCGCAUCUGGGAUCGCCGUAUGCCCUCACCCAUCGCGACUCUCUCGCCAUUUCCCUACUCUUCUCCGUGGUGUAUGGGAGCGUGCUGGAGUCCAGACGGCAACUUCAUCUACGCCGGUCGACGCAACGAUCGCGUAGACGAGUACUCCAUUCACAAAAUGGGUACGAACAGGAACAAGCCGGAGCGAACAUUCAAGUUUCAGCACCAGAGUGGACCCGUGUCUGCCGUGAGGGCGAUGCCGAAUGGCCGACAUCUUGUAUGCGCAUCCAACGAUAUCCUCCGCAUCUAUGACCUCGCGCAACCGGAAACGCUACGUCACCGCAGCGUACCAUUCACCAUCAUCCCCGGGCACCGCGGAGGCACCAUCAGCUCGGUAUACAUUGAUCACGCGUGUAAAUAUAUGCUUUCUGCGGCGGGGAAUCGGGGGUGGGAUGGAGGUGUCGGCACCGAGGCGCUUCUGGGGUAUGAAAUCUCGAUACAGGACCCGGCUGGCGUCUGGCAUAAAUGAAGGAUGAUGUAAAUGACUGCAUGGGAACUGCGCUGGGAAGCGUUGAAAGGGAAAGAGUCUGGAGUGACGGUGUUGCUGCAAUGGAUUGAAUUUCUGUCUCGGGAAGGGGGUGUCAGUCUGCGUUUGCUGUGACGGGGAGGCUGGUGUCACGCUGCAGAUUCGUUGCACGGAUCACUCCGGUGACUUGGUCAUUUCCGUGAAUGGAAGGAGCGUCAAUUCCACCCACGCACAACACACCUUGCUGAAAAACCCUUUUGCUCCUCCGACACACUCUUCGAUCUCACAUCACUCGCAGACAACACCUCUUUUCAGCACGCUUCUUGCC